UUUCGCAGGGUUGUUUGUCUGUUAACCCAGCUUGAGGCAGUCUUUCAACAUGGCUUUAAAAAGUCCAGAGUUAGUGCAUUUAGGCAAGUUGGUCAAGCAGCAGGGAUUGUAAAGUUAGAAUCAGAUUCAGUGUUCUGGAACUUUGUGAAAGGUCACUUGGAAAAGCUGGAAGUGGACAGAUUUCUCGCCCUUGAGAAAGCAACAACAGAUGCUGGGAGAGGUCGUGCCUGGCUGAGGUCUACGUUGAAUGAACACUCAUUAGAACGAUAUUUCCAUCACAUGGUUGGAAAUAAAACACUUUUAAGUCAUUUCUAUGAAAAGGAAGCUUUCUUAAUGGAUGAAGAGCGUGCCAGUAUGCUUCCCAUGAUUGCUGCAGGUCUCAGUCCUAUUUUGUUUGCCCUUACUGUUGAUAGUGAUGAACUGAACAUAGUGCGGCAGGCGCCAGCACUGACGAUCAACAAAGACGUGUUUACCAACAUUUUGCCAUCUUUUCCACAAAAGCAAUUUGUAGAACCCGCUCCUGUAUAUUCUGCUGGACUAACUGAUGAAUCCAAACAAGACAAAAAGAGAAAGAAAAAGAGGAAAAAACGAAAUGCAGCCAUAGUGUCGAUCGAAGAAGAUGACAGUCUUCAAGGUACUACGGAACACGUGAAAGCUUUUCCUCUCGAUGACUCGACAGUGGAAGAGACUUUUAAGACAAAUUCUGACUCAAAGGCAUCAACUGUAGGGCAUAGCCGUUCAUCUUCCUAUCCCGGUAACAUAACUGUAGUCGCUGAAGGAACCUCAGAGAAAAAAUCACGUGUGAAUGGGCAAGAAAUUUUAUUUACUGAAGUAACGAAAUCUAUUUCUUUACCUGACAACUCGGUUGCCGUAGAAAACACUGCGGACGACACUCCAAUGGCAACUAAAACCAGCGGUUUUGAUUUAGAAGAUUUCCUCGAAAACGUGACUUCGGGACCAAGGUAUGGCACUAUGGGGGAGAGGGUCAGGGUGCGAGAGACCACUAAGGGAAAAGACGGGGACAAUUUUGUCUUCGAUGCAGCAGGAUUAUUCCUUAACCAAGCGAAAGAAGACAGCCACGAGAGAAACUUACUGCAGUUUCAAAACGCAACGAAAAGUGAUAAUGACAAAGAAAUGUCCUCAACUACACCGAAUGUCUCUGAGCUCGACACAACUAGUACAGAAUCUGUGCGUCAGAUUCAGGGUGACUUUACAGCAAAUGAAAGUGAUAUAUUGCAAAGACGGAACGUUUCCGAAGGUGAAGGUUUCGGUGGAAGGUUCUCGAGUACAAAAACGCUUUCCUGUGAAAGAAAAGAAAAUUUACCUCGACGAGAACAGAACCUAGAUUUGUUUCGUGUAUAUAGCUUAGCAGAAGAAGGAAGUUCCAGUGAUUCAAACUUUUCAGUGGCGCAAUCGCAAUUUCCUGCUGUUAUGGAGAAGACAACUUCUGAUACUGAAGUUGCAAAUGAAUCACAAGGUUCGGCUGCCGUGCACCUGGACAAUCUUCACAUAAGCAAAGUGAGCGUCGAAGAGGACUCCUGUAGUGCACAGGAGUCUUACGAGUUGAGACAAAGUCCUUCGGGGAAAACAUUCCAUGAGGAAAGAACAGAAAAUGGGGAAGAACUUGAUGGAGACAGGAGUGUCAGUGGUUUGUAUGAUUAUGAAGCAGACACAAGUGCUGAAUCACAGUUAGGUACAAUUGAUUGUACAGUUGAGCCUGUUGUCUUGUUGGACAGUGGAGAACCCCUUGUUCCUUUAGCUGAGGGUGGCGAGACCGCAAAAACUGGAACCCAGUCCACUUUUCUUUAUCCGCCUGAUGUGUCGGCAGAAAAUGACCCAGAUUCUGCAUCAGUAUCAAGUGCUAGCUGGUCUUAUGUUGAAGAUGCUGAAGAAUUCACUGAAAAGAAGGACGAUUUAUUAAACAACAGAUCAACGUCAGCCAUGACAUCAGAUGCCUCUGCGGCUGCAGCUGCGCUGGCCGCUUGUUCUGAUGCGCAGAGAGGAAUGGACAACAUGGCCAGGGGAUUUGUCGCUAUUGAGAGAACUACAGGAGAUCAACCUGCCCAGCGAGACUACUCCAGCAGACAUGACGGAAUGAGCACAGGUGAACUAAAACAGGCUAUAGUCUCCAUGAUGCUGAGGAAAGAUGAGAUCGAAGAAAAGAACAGAAAUCUUCAGAGUGAGUUAGAUCUAGAACGCCACAAAGCACAGCAACUUAGUACAGAGACUGAGGAACUUCGAGAGGAACUGAAACAACAAGAGAACUUCAACACAGCCAAGAUAGGGUCCUUGUCAAGAGAGAACGAACUGCUGAAACAUCAGUUGAAGAAAUACGUGGGCGCCGUGCAAGCGCUAAGAAGUGAUUUACACGGCAAGUCAUCUGAAACAACGGAAGUUUUGUCCGGAAUCAGACGGGAUGAUGUUCUCCCACCUCUACCACCAGAAAGAAACACAGAACAAGCUCGGCAUAGCGAAGAAGCCGAAGAGUAUAAAAGAAAGUUAAUUCAGGUGGCUGAUUUACACGGAGAACUCUUAGAAUUCAAUGAACGACUUCAUAAACAAGUCAAUUAUUACCAGUAUCAAGUAAGAAGACUACGAGAGGAACUUGUCAACCUCAGGGGACCGCUUCCUGAAGAUUUAGAAAGUCCCGACGAUGCGACCAGCCUAUCGGACUUUGACCCUACGGUGAUGUCAGUCGGCACAAGACCCCUAGUAAAUGUAUGGAUACCGUCUGUGUUUUUACGUGGCCGUUCGUCAAAUGUACAUCACGUUUAUCAGGUGUACGUGAGAAUUAAGGAUGACGAGUGGAACGUAUAUCGCAGAUAUUCACAGUUCUUUGAGAUGCACAAAACCUUACGACGAAAAUUCGCUGUAGCAGAUAGCUUUAAGUUCCCACCCAAGAAAACACUUGGCAAUAAGGAUUCUCGUUUUGUGGAGGAUCGUAGAAGAUUACUGCAGGAUUACUUGAGAAGAGUAGUGAAUUUAUAUGUAACAAGUGAUCAAGGACUGCGCAGCGAAACUACAAAAACCACUCUACUACAGAUUCUACCUUUCUUUGCGGAACCGUUUCCGCCAGAAAAGGUCAAGAAAGAGACAACUUCCAGAAGAAAACGUUCAGUGAACUAUACUGGACUGUAAACGCGAUCUCACUUUCCACUGAGUUCCAACAACGAUCUGCUUCUAAUUUCUCGCAACAAGUUCAAUAUAAGCCAAGCAUGCAGGUCAUGGGAGAUAAGGAAUAAAUCAUCAAACAGAAAUUGUGUUAGCCACGGAUAAAGUGACUUUCAUCUUUCGUCUAUGGAAGGCUGUGAUGAGAAUUCAAAGACUUUCAAAUAGACAGAAGUACCCUCCUACACUUUUAUACAGUCAAAUUUUAUAUAUCAACAAACACAUUUUUUAUUAAGUGAAUAUACAUUUUGGAAUGGGUUGUUGUAAAAAAUGGAACACAAAUUGGUUCAAAAAGUCUAGAAGUCAAAAAGUCUUCAAAACUGCGAUUGAUCCAAAAUCGAGAAAACUUUAUCUUUGGGGAUGUAUGUUGUGCAAAGGGAGAAAUUUUUAUUGAUCACUAUACAAAUCUAACUUGGCUCCGAAACUUUGGGGAACAAAAUAAUUAAUUAUUCAUCCGUCAACCUCAUUGUCAUUUCUUUUGUUUUAUGUCCUCAAGUCUCGGAUCCAUUAUAAUAAUAUAUCCAAAUUGGCCGUUUUGUUCAGACGACUUCUUUUCACUUUGUCUCCUGUAUCGGUUUACUGGCUGUUUCUGAGUUAUUUCGAUUUUAGUUUCAAACUAGCAGCACAGGUUACAAUAUCUUUAAUACUGUUGUUUACAUUCGUAACUUUCAAGAUAGUGGAACGAUUUGAAAGCUCUUUCAAUCCUAUGUUUUUUCAUCACUGCAUGGGGUCUAGUUUUGCUUAGUUAGCAAAUGUUGUCACUAUGUUUUGCUUGUUUUAUCAUGAUGAUAAGGAAUCCACCUCACUGUUUGAAAUAUUUGCAUGAAGAAUUUUUGAAGCGCAACUAUGACUGAAUUGUCCCGUUAACUUAUUAACCGAGAAGAAAAACCUGACUAAGAGUUUAAGAAAGCUCGCGAUAAUGCAAUUAUCAAAGCCGCGCCCGGCAAUGGUACAAUAAAUUGAUUUUAUAUUUGUUC